ACGUUCAAAACGAGCUGCCGCAUCUGAAGUUCAAGUACCAGCUAAACAUGUUUGGAGUCUUUGACAAACCAGCACCGGAUCCCAAUCAGUUGUUCCUAACGGACUCACCAUGGCCUUUAUUCAUUAUACUAACGACGUAUUUAUUCUUUGUGCUCAAAUGUGGAAAACUUUUCAUGAACAAACGACAGCCGUACAAUCUGAGAAAAGUAUUAUUAGUGUACAAUCUGGGUCAGGUGACCUACAAUGGCAUAUUCUUCGGCAUUACGUUUUACAAUCUGAUCAUUAAGCAAAUUUGCAAUUGGCGCUGCAUGGAACCGUUUCCAUUCGGACAUGAGCACAAGAAUCUCGAGCGAUAUGUGCACUAUGCUUACUUUAUAAACAAAAUUCUGGAUCUACUCGAUACGGUGUUCUUUGUGCUGCGCAAGAGUUACAAGCAGAUUAGCUUUCUGCAUGUUUAUCAUCACGUUAUGAUGUGCUGUGGCUGUUAUUUAGUGAUGCGUUUCUAUGGCACUGGCGGACAUCUGAACUUUGUGGGCAUGCUCAACUCGCUGGUGCAUACAGUCAUGUAUUUUUACUAUUUUCUCUCUGCCUAUUAUCCCGGCCUCAAGGCUAGCCUGUGGUGGAAGAAAUACAUAACCAUCAGUCAGUUGAUGCAAUUUCUUAUGCUUUUCUCUUAUGCCGCAUACAUUUUAGUUUUCUCUCGCGACUGCGGCUAUCCCGCUUGCCUGCUGCUCGUGCAGAUUGUGCAGGCGGUCAUCAUGAUCUAUAUGUUUGGCAACUUUUAUGUCAAAACCUACGUGCAGGCAAAGAAGAAGCAGCAAUAGUUGUCAAUUCAAAAUCGUGUUAAUGAAUUCAAUAAAUGUCAUAUAAAA